GGGUAAACCUCUGAGUGUACAGGGGUAUAUGUACACCCAGAGGUGUACAUAUCCCUUAUAUGUUCCUAUGUUGUAUGUACAAUGUAUACACAAUACGUACUGAGGAGCAGGUGGAGGCGCGGGUGAGGGCGGGAUGAGUGACGGCCGCCCCGACCAGGUGAAGGUGUUUGCCAUGCAGCUGGACAUGUGGGCCCCGCCCCGGGAUGACGUCCUUAUCCGCUACAACCUCACCAACCACUUCAAGGAGGGGCAAGUGUCGGAGUUCCCAGAGGUAACAGUGUGCCUGAGGGCUCGGCCCGUCGUCCUCAUGAGCUACGAGAGCCACAUCUCCAUCGCCACCUCUGACCAAGAUAACGACGUCCUUCACAUGUACAGACGCGGCGAGCAUCACGGCUUCUACUACAACGGGGUGCGUCAGUAUGGCUUCCUCAACAUGACCAAUGACAUCGGGCUGCACCAGUGGAGCCACUAUUGCCACAACUUCCACCACGGAGAGUAUCGCGCCUACAUCGGAGGUAAACUGGCAGCCUGUGGCCCCUUCAGCGUUCCGCACAAGGUCCCCCUCCCUCUCAAGGGCAUCAUCACCAUAGGACAGGAACAAGAUCUGUUGGCAGGGGCCUACGACACUGACCAGAGCUUCCGCGGCCAUAUUUCUCAGGUCAACAUCUGGAAUAGGUCGCUCACAGCGGAGGAGGUGAAAGUGCAAGCGUCGUGCACCAAGGCUCCUCUUGGGAAUAUUUUCUCCACCGACAGAGAAGACGUCGAGUUGCUCGGGGGCGCCACAGUGGAACUAGUAAAGCCGGAGUACUUCUGUCAGAAAGCGGUCGAGUAUGUGAUCUUUCCGGAGGCACAGGAAAUGGCAGAGUCGCGGAAAACCUGCAAGAGAAUAGGUUACGAGAUGUAUACACCAAAUAACCGCGAGGAAAAUGUCGUACUUCAUCGAGAGUCUCUUCGCUUUGCCGAAAGCUGUCUCUCUAAUUAUCAUUUGUGGAUUGGAGUGACUGAUGAGGACGUGGAAGACGUAUGGAGAAAGUUUACCGACAACUCGAUUGCUCAAACCCAAUUUGAACUCAAUGAACCCAACGGUGGAACGGGUGAGAACUGCAUGUUAAUGUUUCUGCCCAACGGGUUAUGGGUGGACACGUCGUGUGUUAUCAAGUGGCCCGCCUGUGUUCCCUGUGAAGUAAACCGCACUUCACCUCUUCGCCUGAGGGGCUUUUGUUUCUCUGACGAAGCGGAAACUUACUAUGAGGUACUGGGGUACAAGGAAGAGAAACCUUACCUCCAUGGGUACUAUGGCUUCAUGGUGUACAAGAAGGACGCCUACACUUGGGAGAUGUUUGACACUACUACGGGGGAAGUCGUCGCUACCUUACAAGUUCCAUCGAAAAACUCUUAUCCGAUUGGACGACAUAUUUGGGUGCUCCAAAGGUCCAUGUGCAACUACCUAAUAGGAACAAAAUUGCAGCUGAGCUUCUCUAUUUGUAACAAUGACGAAUUUACUUGUGCCAAUGGUGACUGUAUACCAAAAGUACGUCGGUGCAAUGCCAAGGACGACUGUAUUGACCUGUCUGAUGAAGAUGACUGUCAACUUAUCAUCCUGCCGAAGGGUUACCGGUCGGAGCGGCCACCGGACAAUGAGACAGAAGGUCUCGCUAUCUUCCUAGACUCCACUGUUGAGAUCCUCCGCUUCAUGGAGAUCAGCGACGUGAGACGCGUCAUCAACGUGGAGUUUACGGUGGAAACCAGGUGGAAUGAUCCCAGAAUCAAGUACCAGAACCUUGGAGAAACGUUAGAGUGGAACAAACUAUCGGAGGCGGACAGAGACAGAGUUUGGAAACCCAAGCUCAACUUCCCCAACGUGUACGACGGUAACAUCAAGAUGCUGUCUGAAGAUGUUGCCCUUGACAAAACCGGCGACCCUCUCCCACCAGACUACAACAACGUCAGGAUGGACACCGUGUAUGACGGCAAGGCGGCCAUGAUCGUGCAGCAGCUCCACUACAGUGGCGUCUUCGCCUGCUCCUUCGACGUGUUUUACUAUCCGUUCGACAACCAGCAGUGCUUCCUGCUGCUGCAGCUGACCGUAAGACGAGGGUUGGUGAGGUUCGCGGGCGACAAGGCACGGGUGGUGUACUUGGAGGACCCAAAGCUUCCCGCCUACCUCCUCGCUGACUUCUCCAUCACCGUCACCGAGGGAGGCAACAACGAGACCCGCUACAGCACGCUGCGUGUGCGUCUCUCCAUACGUCACUCACACUACAUCAUCAUACUAUAUCCCCGCACGCAACACAUUUCUGCACGCACUUCGCCCAGUCGUCUUCACGCACGUGAGAGAGGGGGGGCCAACAUGAAAGAGAGAAGGGGUCAACAUAAGAGAUAUAUACCACACGAAAAAUACCACACACACACAUACAACACUGAAAUAUACCACAUAACACUGAAAUACACCACACACAACACUGAAAUAUACCACACACACAAUACUGAACUAUAGCACACAAUACUGAAAUAUACGAUACAUUACGGAAAUAUACAAUACAAUUUUUCGUCUCUGUGCACAAGAAAAAAUACAUUCAACAUGGGAUCGUGUUCCAGGGGUUAGUUCUUAGAACUUAAGAUUGAAAACUAUAUCCAAAACUGCAAAAAGGGGAUAUACCUCCUAAUACUACUCUUGUUGACAACUUGUAUGCAAUUAGUGAUACAAAAAUAUCGUGAUCUUUAUUUAACAGUCGCCAUGAGGCAUCGCACUUCGAAAACGGAAUAGAAGCGGGGGUAGAAAUAGCCUAAGCUGCUCUAUUCCUUUGAGAAGUAUUUUGUUCUUGUCUCAAUAAACAUACUUGAAGGGAAUAGUUUA